UGAAGAGGCCAUCAGGGCUGGCAAAUGAGAGGCAAGUUGAGGCAGGGAGUCAGACUAGGACACGCAGAGGCUGGAAAGGAAAGGGAAGCGGCAGGGGCUGAAAACCGUCUCAAUGGAGUCUAAACUCUUCGCCCGGCUUCUCUACUCUCUGGGCCCCUUUGGUCCUUGGGGGCGAUGUCUCUCCUCCAUCUCUGGGCAGCCCCAGUCUAGAGCUCAGAGCAGGGACUUCAGGAUGGGGUGUGGGAUUGAAGCGCCAGCCCGAAGAGUUGGGAUUGGACCGUUGGCUCAGUCUGACGCCUAUGUGGGGUUUUCGUGGCAGAUGGGGAAACUGAUGCAGACAGGGUGAGUGACUUGCUCAGGGCCACACAGCUAGGAAGUGUCCAGGCUGGACUGGAAGCACUCCGGGAGAUGGGUUCUUUGAGUCUCGGAAUGACUGUUGCCAAAGUCCCUUCCUCCAUCCUCCCCAGACAACACGGGUCAUGUCCCCUGGCUCCCCGGGGAUGGGGGCACCCCAGGACUAGAAGCUGCUUUGGGGCAGGGCCUAUUGGGCCUGUCCAGUCCACCAGGACAAGGACAGGAGGACGCUGACGGAGGCUCUGGGAGCUGCAGGGAGAGUCAGUUUUCCUGAGCCCAGCCUGACCCUGUCGUCGCGGCGCCCCCUAAAGCCUGGGGCGGAUCUCGGACCGGGCAGUGCCGUCCCGCGCCAUUCCGGCAGAACUCCGGCUUCCCGGUUCCCUAAUCCUCAAAGCCUCGCACCCAUCCCGACCCAUACAGUCAGAGCUGGUUACUUCGCUGUUCCGGCGACCUUCUCUAGUUUUAGAGAACAGCUGGGGGGCGUGGCUAACCCCGAGAUAGUGGUGACGUCACGGCCAGCCACUCCGCAGCUUCCCAAGAACCAGGGCCUUGGCGGGGAGGAGCCUAGUGCUGCGAUCCCACAAUGCCUCGCGAGGCUCUCCGCCCCGCUGAGCAAGAUGGCGGCGCCCAUGUUCCAGGUUUUCCGCCGGCUGUUCGGUCUGGGUCGCUGGCCCGGGCCCCGACUCUCGGGGCGGCGGUGUAAGGGUCAUUUCGGCGCGCGGGACGUGCUGUUGGCGCAGAAGAUGCGAGGUCUGUUCGCGGACAUUUUCCCGGCAAAGGGCGUCGCCCCGGAGCUACCGGAGCUCCUGGCCGGCGGCGCCCAGACCGUGUACUGCGGCUUCGACCCCACGGCCUCCUCCCUGCACGUGGGCCACCUCUUGCCAGUGCUGGGGCUGCUGCACUUCCAACGCGCCGGGCACCACGUGAUCGCCGUCGUGGGCGGGGCCACGGCGCGCCUCGGAGACCCGAGCGGCCGCAGCAAGGAGCGCACGGCGCUGAGCGCGGAGCGCGUGCGCGACAACGCGAAAGCCCUGCGCGCCUCUCUGGAGCAGCUGGCCGCGGAGCACCGGCGCUUGUUCCACGAUGGGCGGCCGUGGGGCACCUUCACCGUCCUGGACAACGCGGCGUGGUACUCGCACUUGGCGCUCGUGGACUUCCUGGGCGCCGUGGGCGGCUCUUUCCGCAUGGGCCCCCUGCUGAGCCGCCACAGCGUGCAGGCCCGCCUCGGCAGCCCGGAGGGCAUGAGCCUGGCCGAGUUCUUGUACCCGGUGCUGCAGGCCUACGACUUCUACCACCUGCACCAGCGCUACGGCUGCCGCGUGCAGCUGGGCGGCUCGGACCAGCUGGGCAACAUCAUGUCGGGCCACGAGUUCGUCCGCAGGGUGACUGGGAAAGAUGUCUUCGGAAUCACCGUUCCUCUGAUCACCAGCACAGCUGGAGCCAAACUGGGGAAAUCUGCUGGCAACGCCGUGUGGCUCCACAGAGAGCUCACUUCUCCGUUUGAAUUUUAUCAGUUUUUCGUCCGACAGCCCGAUGACUGUGUAGAAAGGUACCUUAAACUCUUCACUUUUCUACCCCUUCCGGAAAUCGAACAUAUAAUGCAGAUGCAUAUGAAAGCGCCAGAAAAACGGGGACCCCAAAUACGGCUUGCAACAGAAGUGACAAAAUUUGUUCAUGGCCAGGAGGGAUUGGGAUCUGCCAAAAGGUGUACCCAAGCCCUUUAUCACUGCAGUAUAGAUGCACUAGAAAUUAUGUCUGAUGAAGAGUUAAAAGAGCUGUUUAAAGAAGCUCCAUUCUCCGAAUUAGUUCUUGAACCUGGAACAAGCGUAUUAGAUACCUGUCGCAAAGCAAAUGCCAUUCCAGAUGGCCCCAGAGGGUACCAGAUGAUUACAGAAGGAGGAGUCAGUAUAAACCACAAACCAGUAACUAAUCCAGAAAGUGUUCUAGUUGUUGGAGAACACAUCCUCAAGAACGGACUUUCACUACUGAAGAUAGGAAAAAGAAAUUUCUACGUUAUAAAGUGGCUUCAAUUGUGACUGGAAAAAGUAGCUGAUAAUAAAAAUUUUAUACCAUCAGCCUAAA